AUGGCGGAGAAAUGGCGAAAGUUCAAAGAAGAUAUGAAAAAAAAACGCUUGAGUGGGAAGAGCCAAAAAGGGAAAGAUGUUUCCAAACGUGAAAUAACUGUUCAAAUGUUAAGCGCGGACGUGUCGGGCAAGGCCCAAAAGUAUUCACGUAUCGGCCCAAGGGAAUUUGUCCAGUUAUAUGACGACGACGAUGAAGAUCUAGAUCGAUUUUAUACAAAAGAAGAGAUGACAAUUGAACGAGUGAAGGAUGCAUGCCUGAAACAUUUUGAACCGAAGGUUGGAAACAAUGUUGUAUGUGAUAUUCUUGCCGGUGAGCAAGGACCUUCCUGCGCAUCCUUGAAGCAAAUACCUAAUAUGAAUCUUAUAUACGUCAGAUUCAUAAACAAAAGCUCGACAGCAGAUGCGCCUGUAUUCGUUGAUGAUACCACAGAAUAGGAAGUUAUACCAGAAGCGUAACUCGAGCAAAUAUUUGUCCGCGUUUUUACAAGCGAUUCGUCAUCAAUCACGCCAUCCUGGCUAGUACAACCGGCACUUUGUACCUACCAAAUCCUGAUAAAAACUUCCGGCUGUACUAGCCAGGAUGGCGUGGCCUGACGUGAGCGAGUUAAAAGUUUCGCGGAUGUCAAACAAUAAGGGAAACGACUAGAGUUACGCUUCUGGUAUAACUUCCUAUUCUGUGAUGAUACUGACCCAGUUCAUCCGCAAAGCACAACUGUAAAGCGAAAGGGCCCUAACUCUGUUCCAAGUCCAAAAAAAGCUAAAAUCUCAACACCAAUGCCCAAGAGUCUCUCGGUAACCCAUAUGUUGAAACUAGGUAAACUUAUAAACAGGUCUACCACUACCAUCCACUUGUAUGGAUUUAAUUUGGCAGAUAUGAGCUGGUCGUCUUCACCAAGGGCAGUUGAAUUUAGUGUUUCAGAAGAUGUGCUCGGAGAAGGUGCAUUCCGAAAAGCUUAUAAAGCAGAAUCAAAAGAUGAGAGCUUUGCUGGUUCAUGGGUAGUCAAAGAAUAUAAUGAAAAUGCAUUGGAUGUCAUUGCUGAGACCAAUCAAACUCUCGAAACCCAUACAAAGAAGGUUGUACAAAUGCACAGCUUAGCCCAGAACUUUGCAAGCCAACUGAAGACAAGUGUUGAGCAAAAUGGCAUGCAAGAAUCUUUUGGUGAUUGUUUUCAUUAUGGGAGUGUCUACUUAGGAAAAAAAAGUGACGAAUUUGUCACAGUUGAAGAGUUUGUAGAUGGAGAGUUUAGUAAGUAUAUAAACAAUGAUGGCACAUUGUGCAAGAAUGUCAACGAAGUUAUAUUACAGAAACAGAGUGUCUUUCUCAUUUUUCUUUUGAAAAAUCCAACAAUCAGGUAA